AUGGGACUCAUAGAACCUCGCCCAUUGCCUUCUGUGCUCCUCGUCGGUUUGGUACCUAUCGCGACUUGGUUUAUUGUGCGACCACUGCUGGAACCAAUCCCUGCGAUCCCUGCACUAUAUUCGUCUGUCGGCCUCUCCAUUUUUGCUUUUUUAGCUUCCAUCUAUCUCGUUCCAGCUUUGGGUCCAACUUUUAUCAAAGCGAACCUCAAAGGACAUGACCUUCUCAAAGUAUACAAGGAUGACCUCGACAUACCAGAAAGCAUGGGCCUUGUUUGCGCUUCGAUCUAUAUCCUCGCUCUCAUUUUGUUUAUCCCGUUUGCAUUCUCGACACCCAUAAGAGAUCAGGCGCUUGCAAAGAAGGCACAAGAAGGAAUUACGGUUGUCGAGUUUCCUCAUUAUCAGCUUGCUGUAUAUUUAUCGUCUCUCUUAUCACUCCUAAUUGCAACAAUGUUGGGCUUUCUAGACGAUGUUUUCGACAUCCGUUGGCGUCACAAGCUUCCCAUACCAAUAAUUGCGUCUAUCCCUCUAUUAAUGGUUUACUACGCUGAGCACGGCAACACGAACGUUGUUGUUCCUCUCCCUUUCCGGGUUCUCCUUGCGGAGUUAAUCAAUCUUGGGCCACUGUACUAUGUCUACAUGGCUAUGCUUUCGACGUUUUCCACCAAUAGUAUCAACAUCCUUGCAGGAAUCAAUGGCUCAGAAGUGAGUCAAGCACUCGUUAUUGCCGGAUCAAUCAUUGUAAACGACCUGCUAUAUCUACCGUGGCCAAUCGACUUCCGACUGCCUCUCCAUCUAUUGGGCAAUAAAACUGAGCUUGAAUUUGGCGGUGUAUGGAAUGCAGGCAUGGCCUACGGAAGCCGUCAACUGGUUGAACGCCAUCUCUUCAGUCUGUACUUCAUGUUACCCUUAGUUGCGGUUUGCCUAGGAUUUCUGUACCACAACUGGUAUCCUGCACGAGCAUUUCCUGGCGAUACUUUAUGUUAUCUCACCGGCAUGGCUUUCGCAGUCGUCGGCAUUCAGGCACACUUCUCGAAAACGCUCCUGCUGUUCUUUAUUCCGCAAAUAUUCAACUUUGUUUUAUCUUGUCCGCAAUUAUUCGGAUUGGUUCCCUGUCCUCGGCACAGGGUUCCUCGCUUUGACAGCAACACCAAUCUGUUGCACCCUUCCAAAGCCGAGUUCAAGACGUCUCCGUCGAAGCUGUCAAUUUUGGUGCUUCGGCUGUUAUCUACAUUGGGAUUGACUCAAGUAACGGAACAUCCAAACACCGGGCUCAUCUCUGAAGCGACGAAUCUCACAAUACUCAAUGUCUUCCUCUUACGUUUCGGCCCGAUGAACGAGAAGAAACUUAACCAGGUCUUGAUAUGCUCACAAUUGGCAGGAAGUGGUUUGGCGUUCUUCAUCAGAUAUGGACUCGCCUGGUUGGUUUAUGACGGAGAUAGAAGAUAA